AUGCCGAAAGUGAUAAAAAAUGCUAAAAGGCAAACUAUUUUUCAAGUUUACGCAUUUUGUCAAAAAGAAAAAGCUGAAAACAAGCUGAUUGUUCCAUUGCAACAAGUUCGUGCAAGAGCUGCCGCCAUGACCGAUGUAUCCGAAUCUACUGUAACCCGAAUUUUAAGAGAAGAAAGAGAGACCAGUUCAGUUUCAAAUUUGGGUGUGUCUGGUCCGUCAAAAGUAACAACACCUGGAAAAAAACGACCAAAUCGUGAUAAGAAGGUCAAGAUCGAUGACUUCGAUGCUUGUGCAAUUCGACAAAAAAUUAUGUCAUUUUACGCUGUACGAAAAGAAAUUCCUACGUUAAACAAAUUACUUAUCGAUUUGCGAGAUGAAAUAAGUUUUGAAGGUCGGCGUACUACACUAUGGAAAAUAUUAAAACGACUCGGAUAUAAAUAUAAAAAGUGUGAAUCCAAACGAAAAAUGUUAGUGGAGCGAACAGAUAUAGCUGCCUGGUGA